GCAACACUAAACGGCUUCACGGGAGGCUGAGAGUGACAUUGAAAAUUCCCCACACACAAAACGCCAAAAGCGCAGGAAAAUUCUUCACAAUUUGCCACAGUGAUUAAUAAAGUGACAAUGAAUCAAUAGAGAAUCCAAUUCAAUAUUUAAAUAAAAAAUCCCUCGUCCGUGUUUGAAAGUCUCUCUCUCGAGGAAAAAAACAGUGAACUUGUGAGGCGAAGCAUAAUUUUAAUAUUCUUCAAAGAAGAGCCUGAGUUCAAAGUUGAAAAUGAAAGUCGUUGUGGUGUUUACAAUUUCCGUCAUAUUUUUCGGGGUGAAGGCGUGGUCAGCAGUUAGGAAUCCCUUUGAGAUUCAAAAGGAGCCCCAGCGAACAAUACACACAAUUACAGAUUGUAUGCACGUGACGUCGGAGGAAGGUGAUUUCGUGUACCGGAAAGAGCAAGAGCCGCCCAUUCUGCACCAGCUCGGCAUGAAGAGCUCCAAGAGAUCUUCACCGGCGGAGGUGUGCGGCCUGUACGUCAUCGCGGCCCCGGAUCAGAUCAUCGAGCUGUCCGUGAAGUUCAGCAACAUUCCCUGCGAGACUGGCGCUCUAAUGGCAUUUGUCGACGGCUGGGAGCUCAACGGCCAAUACUUUCCCGGCAUCCACGAUCACCAGCUGGACAUCAAGGAGCGCGUGAAGGAGUUCUGCAAUGAGAACGUCAACUGGUUUCCCAACUACCACAUUGCCCCGAAGGUCUACAGAUCCAGCCAGAAUGCGGCCCUCAUCCAGUACCGAAUACCCCUGCGCGGCUCCUUCCACGUCAACGUGCGAUUUCGGCCCCAUCCCAAACCUUGUCACAUCAUGGCUGAGGGUUUGGCUCCAUUCUAUCGGCUUCAGAGUUCGGAAUUCUCCCCAAAUUGCACCCUCACAGCUCUGUUCCCUGCAGUUGUGUCAGUUGUUGGACUGAAGAUUGGACGAAAUGCUGAAAUAUCUAAUGAGUGCACCUCCAAGAGCGGCGAAGUGAACCAACUGAGCAUCGGAGGAUCUGCCGGCCUGGAUUCAUACACAAUGCAGAGGACCAGUUCGAUUUGUGGCCACACGGACAAGGUGGGUCCUGAGCAAGCAAUAUUCUGCGAUGUGACGUCCGUUCGCCUGGAGUCCAGCGCCCGGGGCAGCAACAUAGCCCUCGUGUCCGUGCGACCAGCCACCGAGAACGACCUAGACAUUGCCACCCUUGUCUGUUAAGUUGUUUAUUUUUUGCUCACCGCC